CAAAUUGAAGAAGAAAAAAAAAGACUUUGUGUUGAACGAAGAAGAAGAAGAAAUGGCAGGAUCAGGACCCGACCCAUUGUUCGGAUUGAGGAACAACUUCUACAUAGGUGCUUACCAAGCUGCAAUUAACAACAGUGAUGUACCAAAUCUCUCUCAGGAUGACGCCGUUGAAAGAGACACUCUUGUUUACCGAUCUUACAUUGCCCUUUCCAGUUAUCAGCUUGUGAUCAAUGAGAUCGAUGCAUCAGCUGCUACUCCUCUUCAAGCUGUCAAAUUGCUCGCUUUGUACCUUGCCAGCCCUGAUAAUAAGGAAGCAGCAAUUGCCAGUCUUCAUGAAUUAUUAGGAGAUCCAGCCAUAGGAAGCAAUCCUAUACUAAGGCUUAUUGCUGGGAUUGUGUUCAUGCAUGAGCAGGAUUAUAAUGAAGCUCUGAAACACACAAAUGCUGGUGGAACAAUGGAACUGCAUGCUUUGAAUGUCCAGAUACUCAUUAAGAUGCAUAGAUCAGAUUAUGCAGAGAAACAGUUGAGAAUCAUGCAGCAAGUUGAAGAAGAUCAUACACUAACUCAACUUGCAAGUGCAUGGUUAAACUUGGCAGUGGGUGGUUCAAAAAUACAAGAAGCAUAUCUUAUUUACCAAGAUUUCUCUGAGAAGUAUCAGAUGACUAGCUUAAUCCUGAAUGGGAAGGCUGUAUGUUGCAUGCACAUGGGUAACUUUGACGAAGCUGAGACACUGUUGCUUGAAGCCUUAAACAAGGACGCUAAAGAUCCAGAAACACUGGCCAAUCUGGUUGUCUGCAGUCUUCACCUUGGGAAACCAUCCGCACGUUAUCUCAACCAGUUGAAAUUAUCGAACCCAGAGCACACACUUGUCAAGCGCGCUGCAUCUGCUGAAGAAAGUUUUGAUAGAGCAGUCCAAACUGUUGCUUGAGGAAAAGUUGCUGCAUGUACUAAUGAGUAAAACAGGCAAAUGAGGAAGCCAUCUUUUGUAGUGUCAGUUCUUGUGCUUGUUCAUUUGGUUAUUCUCAUCAAACAAUUUAAAGAUUGGCAUGUUAUUAAUGUAAAAAAUUUACCUGCAACAUUUUGAUGAGUUGGAUCACUUAUAUUUCAGAUGGAAAAAUAUGG